UCUUUUCCCGGUUUCUCUUUUAAGGCCAACAAAGUAUAAUUCUUCUAAAAUUUCUAUAAAAAAAUUUAUUUAAAAUGGCAGAUAUUUGGUGCAUAGAGUACACAUAUUCCCCCAUUUUCGGAAAUGUGAUUCCGGUUUGAACUAGAAGUCUUCUCUUGUUAUUUGGCUACAAUUUAGUAGUUGCACAUUUCGUCUUGUUGUUAAACUUAAUCUAUUGUUAUAUCUAUAUACCCAAGGCCCUGCUCCAAUCAAUCUUUUAUGAAUCCUUCAAUAUUUUCUUUUAGGAAGUUUGCCCAAAAUACAGAUUACGUUAUAACUUCAACUUAAGAGUUAAUAUCUAAAGUGAAAGACAUGUUGAAACACCUGCCUCCCGCAGACUAUUGCCGGCUCUGUGUAAAAUGCUGCAAUGAUUACCAGCGCAGUCUCUAUGAUGAGGCAGGUCAAGCUAAUGCUGAUCAUGAGCUUGUGGGCAAAUAUUUUACUAACGAAAUGUUGAAUAUGGAAUGGGAGCGACGUCUUCAAUACAUCUGUGAGAAAUGUUGGCAGCAUGUAUGGGAGUUUCAUCAAUUCCAGCAGUCAGUUAUAGAGGCACAGAGAGGCCCGCAUCUGCAUAAAGAAGCGUCAAAUGAAGUUGGAGAAGUUAAGAUAAAGUCAGAAGUGAACGUAAACCAGCGAAAAGUUCAACUGGAAAUGCAUAGUGGCAAGGGAUUAAGUAUUAGCACUGAAGAUUUAAUGAAAUCUACACCUUUGACCUUUAAAAUAAAAACUGAAGAACCUUUGGAUCUCAACAGUGAUUAUGACGGGUUCUCGUCUCAUGGCUGUCAGCUAAGGGAUGAUGAAGAAGUUGGGGAAGUUAAGAUAAAGUCAGAAGUGAACAUAAAUCAGCAGGAAGUACAACCGGAGUUGCACAUUUGUAAGGGAUUAAGCACAAGUAGUGAAGAUUUAAUGAAAUCUACAGCCCUUAGUUUUGAUAUAAAAACUGAAGAGCCUUUGGAUCUCAACAGUGAUUAUGAUGGAAUGUCUUCUCAAGGCCUGGAGCAGUUAGCGACAGAUGAAGAAGUUUCUCUGAUGGAUACAUCAUUGAUCAAUGACAUUGAGUCCAAUGAAGAUUAUAGCUCGAAUGAUGACAUAUCCUUAUCAUCUUCCAGGCAGAGCAAAUUCGCAACAGAAAGGUCUGUAGAGGUGUUUGAUGAGUUGGUAGCUUUGUGGCGUUCCUCCUUGUCAUGUGAAAUUUGCCACCAGCUAGUGGCCAGCUAUUCACAAUUGAAAGAACAUUUUAGCAAAAACCAUGCUUCAGAAAAUUGUUACCUUAUGUGCUGCCAAUUGAGGCUGGAAACUCAUUACGAUAUUGAAAACCACAUUCAUUAUCAUAAUGCCCCACAGCAGCUAAAAUGUGAGGCCUGUUGUAAGGCCUACCGUUUGGAGGAAGAUUUAAGGGUUCACAAACGGAAAGUGCACACCAGCAUGGGAAAGGCUGAAGACAGCGAAAAGUUGCAAGGAAAAUAUCGUUGCUGCAAGUGUUCGAAAGAUUUUGCAACGAAAAGGAAUUUAGUUAGACACAAUUGUGACGUCCAUAAACCCAAGAUUUUUGAAUGUAACUUGUGCCAAAAAUCCUUUAUGCAUCCGCAUACACUGCGCGAGCAUUUAGCUGCCCACACAGGGAACAAAACGCAUGCCUGCUCCGUUUGCCCCGAGGCAUUUACCCGCCGAGCUUAUUUGUGCCGUCAUAUGAGAAAACAUCAUAUCCAGGAAUGGAAGAAGCUACAAAAUGAAUCGGGCCAAAAAGUGACUCUGGAUGGGUAUCGGCGAGAAAUUCGAGGAGAGUGUGUGGUUUAUGUUUGCCGUUAUUGUUCCAUGGAGUAUGACAAUAGGCAUUCUAUGUCCAAUCAUCUUAGGCAAUGUCAAAAAUAUGAUCGACCAAUAGAUCCUAGAAAGGGGUUUCGGCGAGAAACUCGGGGAGAGAGUAAGGUCUUUGUGUGCAAUUAUUGUUCCAAGGAGUAUGAAAAGCGGCAAUCCAUACACGGUCAUAUCAGGAGAUGUCAAAGAGAUAAAGGAUCAAUAGAGUCUAAAAGGGGGUUUCGGCGAGAAACUCGAGGAGAGAGUACUGUCUAUGUUUGCAGUUUGUGUUCUAAGGAGUGUCGUUUUCGGAAAUCCAUGCACAAUCAUCUCAAGCAAUGUCAAGAAGAACAUGGACAAAUAGAGCCUAAAAGGGGGUACCGGCUUGAAUUUCGGGGAGAGUGUAAGGUGUACGUUUGCAAUUACUGCUCUAAGGAGUAUGAAAAGCGUCAAGCCAUGCUUACUCAUAACAGAUACUGUCAAGGAGACGAUAAACCAAUAGAGCCUAUAAGGGGUUGUCGGCUUGAAGCUCGGGGAGAGAUUAUGGUCUACAUUUGUAUAUACUGUUCCCAGGAGUAUGAAAAGCGACAAUCCAUGCGCAGUCAUAUCCACCGAAUUCAUAGAGACAAAAGACCAACAGAGCCCAAAAUGGGUUAUCGGCUUGAAACUCGGGGAGAAAGUAAGGUCUACAUUUGUAUUUAUUGUUCCAAGGAGUAUAAAAAACGGCAAUCCAUGCGCACUCAUCUCUUGCGACACCAUGGAGACGAUGAAUCUUUAGCGGUGCAAACCUCAAUAAAUUCUGAACCCCCAGUGCCAGCAGAGCAGCAGCAAAAAUCUCUUUACACCAGCAUAACAGUGCCGAAGACAACUGAUGAAGACAACACAACACCAGAUGGUGAUAUUUUAAAUGUGCUGGGCAAAAAAGGACUUGUGGAAAAGUAUGCAUUGAUGACACCCAUAGAAGGGAAAGAGUUGAACGAUGAAUAUGCAACUGGGACUAAAGUAAAGACCGAACAAUUUUCAACUAAUACAAAAACUUUGGUAAAAGAGGAAAUGGAUGCACAUGAAAUGCCAACGGAAUUUGAAGAGGUUAACUGUAAAAUAGAAGAAUUUAUAAACUGCGAGCAGCAGGAAUAUUGAAGGAACAAAACAGCAAAAUAUUUGAUGGUUUUAAAAAGUCAAAAUAUUUUUACCCAAAAACCUCAAUAUUAAUUUUACCAUAAUAUUUUUUCAAGUUUUGUUUUAAAAAUGCGUUUUACGCCAUAAAGUCAGGUAAUUCUGUUUAACUAAGGUUAAGUCCUCCAAACAGCUGUUUUCUCACUAUAAAAUCAGCUG